AUGGAGUUUACCACCCGCUUUGGGCUGCAUUCCCAAGCAACCCGACUCCGAGAAGCAAGCAACCCGACUCCGAGAAGCCCCGGGCCCGGCACGCCGGGGGGCCGCUACCGGCCUCACACCGUCCGCGGGCUGCGGCCUCGAUCACAAGGACUUGGGUCCCCCGAGAGCGCCGCCGGGGAGGGGGGCUUCUGGAGCGCGGCGGAGACGGCCCCGAAGGACGCCGGCCGGGCGGCGCGCGGCGGCCUCGGCGGGGACAGAGACGAGAGAACGACGGCGCCCUCGCGCGCCGGAGACCGCGACAGAGGGGGACCGGCGAAGGAGGAGGGGGUCACAACCCCCGUUCCCCGGCCCUCCCGCCCGACGCGCGCGCGGCAGCACGGCACGGUACCCGCCGGGUACCCACCCGCAGACAGCCGCCCGCACGGGGGGGAAGCCCGGGGGCGAGGCCCGCGCCUCGCCCCCCCUCUCGGCCCUCUCUCUCUCUCGGCCCUCGGCGGCGCGCGUUCGACGCCGUCUCUCUCUCGCUCUCUCCCCGGCCGCCGCCACCGCACUGCGGCGCGGCCCCGGCGGGGACGAGCUCCACCCCAGCGGCUCGCUCCGGGAGCGGGGAGCUACGGAGCGCUCCCCGAGUCUGCAUUUAGGGGGACGAAGGCCCUGCGCGGCCGACCGCGACCGCGACGACGCCCGCCGGGCCGCAGGGAAAGGAUCGAGGCCGCCGAGGGGAACCGCUCCCCUCGCCGCGCCCCUACCGCCUUCCCUCCGGGCACCGGCCGGCCGCCGCCGCCGCCGCCCACCGCGGGCAACGGGCCUGCGAGGCGACCCCAGCCGCGCCGCCGGGGUGGCCCCCGGACGGCGAUUGAUCGUCAAGCGACGCUCAGACAGGCGGAGACGCCGCCUCGUGUGCCGUUCUUCGGAGGCGGCCCAGGCGCCCGGGCUCGGCCCGGCCUCCGCGCGGAGGGCCAGCACGGCGCGCGACGGACCGCGGGGGGCACGGCGGCCCGCCCGACCUCGAUUGCACGGGACGACACACACGCACACGCGGCCGGGGGCACGACGGCCGUCGGCCCCCGCACGCGCCGGCUCCCCUUCGCCGCGCCGCGGCGCGGCCGGCUCUCCCCAGCGGCCUUGCAACGCUCGAGACGGCACGCGCCGACGACCGCACCGCCGGCGCGCCCCCCGCGGGAACCGCUCCCGUCGGAAAGGCCAGCGACCGGCGGCCGCACCCCGUCGCCGGUGCCGGAGGCGGACGCCACCGAGACCCGAGCCGGCGCCGCGGGUGCCCGAGGCCGGCCGGGCGGCGGACCCGCCGCCGCCGCGGCCGCCCUGCCGGGCCCACCGCAGCCGCGUCGCGCCGUCGGGGCCCCUUCCCCCGGGCACGCGCCCGGCGGAAGGCGUACGGCGCCGAGCCGGGGGGCAACGCCCGCUCGCCGCGCUCCCACGCGGAGACCGGGCGGGGAAGCGCCCCCGCGGCUGCCCGCACGCCCUCCCUUCGGCCCACACGCGGCCGGGAAGGGCGACGGGAACGCGACGGGUGAGGCCCGGGCCGGGACGGCCGACGGCGCCGGAGGGCGCCGCCCGGCAGGCCGCCCCCGCCCCCCCGGGCGGGAGGGGGGGACACUCGCCGAGCGGCGACGCCGCCGCUCGGCACGGGGCCGCCCGCGCUCGCGGGCCUCCGCCGACGGAGGCACCGCCGAGCGCUCGCCCCAGACGGGGUGGGGGGGCGGUCGGGCCGGGGACGUCCGGCGGACGGCGCCGCCGGUGCGUUCGAGGAGAAGGCCGUCGAGGGGAGAGGCACGGCCGCGCCAAGGAGAGAGCGGCCAAGGAGAGAGCGCGGCGGGCGCCGGCGGCCGCAACCCCGCGGCUGAGGAAAGGCAGAGAGCGCGCGCUCUCUGCCGGCAUCGCCCCGGUUUCGAGGGGAGCGGGUCGGCCGGCCCCGCGGCACGACCGCGCGCCGCGGCCUCUCCGCCGAGGCCGGGCCGCAGAGAGGGGGGGGCAGGGCGCCCCUCCCCGGCGCGGCGCGGUUACCCGCCGCCCGCAGCGCGCGGCGGAGACGACGGCGGCGGCGGGCGCGCGGCCGGUGGCAACGGACACCACCGCAGGGGAUCGGCGGGAGCGGCUCCCCACCCCUCAGUGGCGCCGCGCCACCGCCCGGCGCACGCCUGCCGCCGCCGGCACCGCCGCCGCCGCCGCGGCGGGGCGCGCCGAGCCGCCCGAGUCUUUAAACCGCCGCCCGGCCCGGCGGGCCCCUUUCGGCCCCCGCGGCGUUUGACGACGCCGAGGGAACCUGGGGACCCGCCGAGGCGCGGAGCGCUAGGUACCUGGCCCUGGGGCGAGGGAGACGACCUGCAUGGCCCCGCCGGGGUGCCUCUCCCGCUGCCGCCCUCGGGGGAGCGUCCACCGGCGGGGGCGCGCCCGACAUCUGCCGCCACCACCGCGGCGUCCUUCUCGGGGCCCGGGGUCUCCCUCAGUAGCCCGGCGCUGCGCCCGAGAGGACGACCGCGGCUCGGGCCGCCCCGCCGGCGCGGAGACGCGGCCCGACCACCGAGCACGCUCGGCCGACCCCGCCGGGAGGCCGCGGCGCCGGCGACGGGACGACCGAAGCCGCCACCGCCGCCGCCGCCGCCGCACCAGCCCGGCGGCGGGUCGCACGCGAGGGGAGCGCGCACGCGCCCCGGAACGCCCGGGGGCUCGGCCCUUGGAGUUCCUCCGCUGCGCGAGGGGCCGCUGGGCCCGAGAGCGGGAUUUCGCCGGCCGGCGGCCUCGCCACCCGGUCCCUCGCCGGUCGCCAUCGGCCGCCGACGAGUGCGACGGCCGGACGGCCGGCCGUCGCUCGACGGGCGAAGGAGCGAGGGCGGGGGCCGGCGCGCCUCCGGGAGGGGCCGUGCCGAGCACCCCUCCCUCCCGGCACCCGGGCGGCUCUCGCGCACCGAGAGGAGAGAGCCGGGCUCGGGCGCCCGCGUGCGCACCGGCGACCGGCGUUCGGCGGCGCCGGCCGCGGCGGCCGAAGGCUCGGGGCCGGCCGCCCCGCCACCCUCCGGCGGGGACGGACCGGCGGCAGACCGGCGCAAGCCGGGGGAGGGCGGGGAGGAAAGCAGCCGCGGCGGCGGCGACGAGCGCGCCGCGCUUCGAGGCCCGGUCGCGACGCGCGGUGUAGCGCGGGGAGAGCCCCGCCCGCGCGCACGGUGCCGGGCACGCGCGACGCUUCGCCGCGCCGAGCGGCUCCUUCCCCCCGUCCGCGACCCCGCCCCGGGCUGGGGGGUGCCGCGCGCCUCCAUCUCCUUCUCUCUGGGGCUGCGGCGCGCGGCGCGCGGCGGGCUCGGCCAACGAGCCGCCGCGCCGUCGGGAAGGGCGUGUGGCCCCCGGGGCCGACCGAGGCCGGCGGCCGGGGGCCGAGCGAGCGAAACGGAGCGGGCGUGCGUGGACGCCGCGCGCGCGCCACCGGCCGGACGGCACGGCAAACGCGGCGGGCGCCAGCCCCCAACCGAUAGUCAAGUUCGACCGUCUUCUCGACACUCCGGCAGGGCCGUGGCCGACCCCGCCGGGGCCGAUCCGAGGACCUCACUAAACCAUCCAAUCGACUUGGGUUUCCCGGGAGCUGCCCGGCGGGUCAUGGGAAUAACGCCGCCGGAUCGCCAGUCGGCAUCGUUUAUGGUCGGAACUACGACGGUAUCUGAUCGUCUUCGAACCUCCGACUUUCGUUCUUGA